UCCUCAUCUUCAGGCUCAAGUCCCUCCUUCACUCAACUGCCUCUGGAUUUUUACUCAAAAGCAGCUGACUACUGGAACAGCGUCGACGCCACGGUGAAAGGCAUGCUAGGCGGCCUAAGUCGAGUCAACAAGCCCGACAUAGCGGGUUCGGCGUCGAUUCUCGCGCGAUUCGGACCCACACGGAGAUCGCGUGCUCUCGACUGUGGCGCGGGCAUCGGACGCAUCACGAAGCACCUCCUGCUGCCGCGAUUCGAGACUGUCGACAUGGUGGAAAUGACAGCAAAAUUCCUCCAGAAAUUUACACCGCAGCAAGGCGUGUACGACCUUAUCUGGAUCCAGUGGGUGAUCGGUCAUCUCACCAUUCCUGCGACUAUCGAAUUCCUCAAACGCUGUAUCACCGAACCGAAUCGAUCGAUUAUUGUGCUCAAGGACAAUGUUGCCCCGGGCAGCGUGGCUGACUUUGACGAGGUGGACAGCAGUUUUAUGCGCACACACGAAGAACUGCUCCGCGUAUUCCGAGAGGCCGGGCUUCGGGUGUUGCUGGAUGAGAAACAGACCAAUCUCCCGCCGGGGCUUUGUCCAAUCUACGCCUUUGUGUUGGUACCCCAGAGACGUCGUCGUGGCGAGACCAAUAAGCUCUGA